AUGCGAUCGCACCAGCAGCAGCUUGCGCCGGGGAAUCGUGCAGCUCGGAACCCUGCAUCACCCUCGGAAAGGAUAUUACGGGAUGCGCGUCUCCGACGGCCGCCACCAAAACCUGGAAAGGACGGCGAACGGCCUAAGGUGGGACGUGGGGCAGCGGGCAGGACGAAACCAUGGGCGUCGGCGAACGCGCUUGCGAAGCCAUUAUUACCAGUUACGGAACGAGGGCCUCAUGAAGAGAACCUUGCAGGUCGACGGGCAAAGAAAGGUAGCCAGGAUGGCGGCAAGUGGGAUCUCACUCCAGAGGGGGGCUCGGCUGGGCGCGAAGGGAGAAAGUUUGCCGUAGCAAACGUCGGCAACAACGGCCGCAUCUACCUGAGGCCAACCGUUCGCCCCGUGCACCAGCGCUACCCGCAGCCGCCCUUCGUGUUUCCCAUGACCCCGCCGAGUACAGCUGGCCUGGACCCCGUAUUUGCAGACCAAGGUCAGGGCUCGGCUGUUGCCUCGCAGCUGCAUGGCGACCAGUGCAGCCCGUCGCUUCAUCCAUCGACGUCACCGAGCCUCGGACGGGGAACGCCGGGCGAGAAGCUAAUCAGGAUCCGUCAAAGGCACCGCCGCGCCAUGUCCGACUCCACAGUGCCCGAUACCAGCGUAGCCCGAGAGUCCGAGAUGGGGACGUUCAAGGUGGUUGUCACACAGCCAGGCGAAGAGAGGCCGAGAACUGUCCAAAACAUGGACACAAGUCGGCCCCCAUUACUAGAAGUCUCAAUUCCGUCUUGGAGGAUAGGCACCCCCAGGUUCAGUGUCCGAGGCACACCGUUCAUCCGUGGUUCGUCGUACGCCCCGACUGAGGAAUUCCGCUCGAGCAGCGCUUCGUUCCUGCGCCUCACGUCUCACGAUGCGCCUUCUCGCAGUUCAAGAAUUCCCAGCCUGCUUCAGAUCCCAGGGCCACACCAUGCCUCGGCAGACGACGCCGCCGACCCGCCGACCCCUUCAUCCCCUCGGCUGCCACGCCAGUUACGAGCAACAUACGUGUCGCCUCAUUUGGUGAUUGAGCCUGAUAUGUUUGAUGCCUUGACAUUCAAACCAGCCUGUGAUGAACGGACUGUUGUCCGAUACUCGGCUACCGGAUCCGUAACUGCGGCGACACCCUCCCGAUUGGUCGCAGAAAUCACGUCUCCCAGUUUCCUAGACUACGAGCUGCUAUCCGAUUUCUUUCUCACUUAUCGGUCCUUCGUAGAAGCCUCAGACCUUGUCCGCAUGCUGUUCGCAAGACUUAGGUGGGCGCUAAAGCGGGAGGACGAGGUUGGCACUGUAGUGAGGGUCCGCACAUUCGUCGCCCUGCGCCAUUGGAUCCUCAACUAUUUCAUGGACGACUUUGUGGUCGACCACACACUUCGAGUUACAUUCUGCGAUCUGUUGAACGAUCUCGUUGACGAGCUGUUGCAGGAGCCCAAGGAACGGAAGGUGCCGCUCAAGAUCCUAGCAGAGCUCAAGAAGUGUUGGCGGAGGGUGUGCGCUCAAUACUGGGACGGCCCGGAUUUCGACGAGUCUCUCGGCGCGGACGUCGCUAUCUCGCCAGGGGGAAUCGCCGGUCACCGCGAUCCGGACUUGGAUCCGACCUUUUGGCUUCAAUCGGAUGCAGGACCACCUCAGCUGAAUGAUCUAGUUGCCCCGGCUGGCACUCGCUCGCAUACGAGUCUCUUGGCCGACGUGGCGCAGGCCGGCCAUAUCGAGUCGAUCGUGACCGGCGAGCGGCCCCUGACCCCCGAAAACAUCCCCGACAAGGAUGUGUUGGAGCACAAUGUGGCUUCACCGAUCAGUAUUGCAAGUAUCGAUGCGAUAUCAUGCUCGUUCCCUUCCAAGAAUUCCCGGUUUGCUCCGCCAGGCACCGCCCUGCCACUGGCCGCACACCCAGCCGAUCCCAGCGCCGUCUCCCACAAUAACGAUCCGAUCGCCACCACUCCCCGUACUCUCGUCGGCAAGCGCGCCCGUCCUCAGCAUUCUCACAAGCGCAACGGGAGCCUUAGCGAUUCCUUACGCGACCAUACAAACUUGACGGAGAAGCUCCUCUACAAGAACGCCGAGUUUCUGCUUGCCCUUCCUUACGCAGGGGGCCUCGUCCGCGGAAACAUACUGCCGCCCUCUCAGGCGUUUGUUGAAGCCCUUCCAUACAGCACCGGAGCGUCGGCCAGACAAACCACCGUUUUCCAACAGCCUCCGGUUGAGUUGACCAAGGUGAACACCGUAGCGUCUGCCAUGUCCGGCCAAGGCAUGAAGAGGCUUCUAGGUAGUGUACGCCGUGCUCUAAGCACCAAAGGACACAACUCAUCACCCACUCAAGGAGCUUUUAUUACCAUCUCCCCCAUUGGGCCCAAGGGUGCGACGACGAACAGGCUGCCCGGUACUGCUAUAGUGCCACAGGCACGAUCCCGCCGUCAUGGUUCCCGUCCUCCGGUGCGGAUUGAUCUGCUUGGGGCUGAGAUUGCCGAGGACUUCAAAAAGGCCGUGCGUGAGGACUCAGCAGCGGGGAAUGAGAAGGCCGAAUCCCCCUCCGUUUCCAAGGCUGGCUUAAAGCUUGCAGGUGACGAUGUUCCGGAAUUCUCGAAUGCCCACUUGGAUACUUCCUUUAGCUUCUCGAGCGAAGACGGCGAGGCACGGCCGGUAAGCGACAUGGGCAUAACCGCAGGGAGCAAGUCGAUUGUUAUUGUCGACGAUACCUCGUUGCCCGAAAACUAUCCUGUUAUGAGUGGCGCGAUCCCAGCCAUCAAUUCCUCUGUCGAGGCCUUUGCCGAAGCCUUCGCGAGACAUGGCGCUGAUCCGACACCACCAAACACGCCACCCAGCCGCCCUAUGGGAACGCCUAGGAGGUCCUCCUACAUUUUGGGCCAGCAUAUUCUCCGACAUUCGCGGUCUGCAGACCCCCUACCACCGUUUGUCCAUGACAUGGGUAGUCAGGGAUCAAAUCCUCCUCAAUCUCGGGAUUACACCCGUCCCUCGCUUGACUUCUUGAAUCAAGAUCCGCGGCGACCGCCCCUAAGCUAUGUGAGAGGACACACAAGACAGACGUCGGGGAGGUCAUUGUUCUCUGAUCGCUCGAGAGGCCAUCAGCGCUCUGCAUCUUUCACAAGCGGCAUCGCCCUUCAGCCGACUGUCCGGAGCUUUGACGCCACGACCAUUUCAGGAAUGUCAAUGGACGCUUCAUCACCAGUCCUCGUCCCGCAGCCGCUUCGAGUUCUCAGGAGAAGACCAGGCGGCGAUCUUCGUGCCGUCGUCAAUGCGGUGGAUGGCGACUUGGGCUCAACCAGCCUAAGGAGGCUCCGCUCCGUGGGGUCUUUGACUACGUACAUGAGCUCGGUGCACAGCUCUAACAUUCGCAGCCCUGCUGCUGAUUCUAGUGGCUUUGUUGACGUUGCCUCGGAUGAAUAUUCUCCUGGGCACGCCGAAACAUUCUCUCUGGGCGCCAUUGCGGAGCAGAACCCGAAGCGCCAUCUCUCUCUGUUCAGCACCCACUCAUCUAAGCCUGUCAUGCGUCCCUCUUUCGAAGCCGAGGCACAGAAACUUGCACAAAUUCCAGAUGACCUAGACGAUGACGGCGGUGUCGAGUCUGCUCUGCUAAAGUUAGAGGGCAAAUACCAAAGGAGAACCGGCUCAAAGCUAUCGAUGGACCUACGGAACCCUCUGCGGAGCGACCUUUCUCCGGAUGUUGACUCGGUAUUGGUAGACAAGACUGCAAGUGCGGUGCUCGAAGAAAAGAAGGAGCAUCGCCACGUCCACGUUGUGGAUGAGCCAUGUCCCCCGUCUCCAUCGGCCAAACUUACGACAGCUACUGCUCCGGGCAGUACCUUGGAAGUCGCAAGUCGUAAUGGGCGCCGUGGUGAUGGUCAAUCCUUUUUGUCGGACGACUCGGGAGCAUCCUACUCCUCUAUACCGCUGCUGGAACGAGAUCUCACUGAUGAGGCACUCAGCAAGCGGACCGUGACUAGGGAGUGGACAGAUCGUUCCAUUUUGCAGGGUCCUGAUGAGGGUGCGACACCAGAUGGACACAGUAUUCAUGACUCCCAGCACCUUUCGUACGACUUCAUCACCAAGACGAACAGCAUAGACAAGAUUCAGCCUGGAACCACAAUGCCCCCGGCAGAACCGACACGCGACAGUGUAGAGCAUUCGUUCCUCGACGUAGCGAGUGACAACGCCAGCGACCUGUCGUCUGAGAUGUCAGAGGAAGAGGAAGAGCAACCCCCGCGCUCCAAUAAGGACCUUCCUUCGUUGUCUUUGCCUAUUCAUCUCCUUGCCGGAAGCCAGCCGGAAGCCGCACAGCAAGCUAGCACGGACCCUCCAUCACCACAGAUCACACUCGCUCAGGCUCUCCACAUGUCUCCCGAAACGGCGUACGUCCCGAUACUUCAAGACCAUCACGUCUGGGAGAAGCCGCUACCCCCCACGCCUAACACCACGCCAACUACAGCCGCCGUGCCGUACGGAACAGAGCCGCUGUUGUCACCAGCAGAUCCUACUGGCACCAAGGAAGCACUUCGUAACGCGCCCAAGCUCCAGAUUCCGGACCCAGUCAGCGAAUCAGCAAGAGCUUCCGGCAACAAGUACAUGGUCCACUUGCCGUUCAUUCUCGCAUUCGACAGCGAUAUCCUGGCUCAGCAGUUUACGCUGAUCGAGAAGGAUGCUCUCAACGAGAUUGACUGGAGGGAGCUGAUCGACAUGCGUUGGAAGCAUGCUGAACAAAACGGAGCGAAUGUCCGCAGCUGGGUCUCAUUCCUUCGCGACACGGAUGCCCGUGGCGUCGAGGUUGUAAUUGCCCGCUUCAAUAUCAUGGUCAAGUGGGCCAUCUCCGAGAUUGUCCUGACACAGGACAUUGAGGAACGAGCACGAUGCAUUAUCAAAUUCAUCCACAUUGCAUCCCACUGUCGGCGCUAUCGCAAUUUUGCUACCAUGAGCCAGAUAACCAUUGCGCUUACGAGCAACGAGAUCAGCCGACUGAGCAGGACGUGGGCCAUGGUUCCCUCCCACGACCAGCGGACACUACGAGACUUGGAGACGCUCCUGUCUCCGACAAGGAACUUUUACAAUAUGCGGGCCGAGAUGGAGGGCGGCGGGGCCCUGGGGCCUGCUGCCGCCGAAAUGGGAUGCAUCCCCUUCGUGGGCAUCUACACGCACGAUCUGCUCUUCAAUGCGCAAAAGCCGAGCGAGAUUGCGAGCUCGCCCACGACGGCUCCGCUGGUCAACUUUGAGCGGUGCAGGACCGCGGCGGGCGUUGUUAAGACGCUGCUGCGGCUGCUGGAGGCGAGCACGCUUUACACCUUCCAGCCCGUCGAGGGCAUCACUGAGCGUUGUCUGUGGAUGCGCGCGCUUUCGGACGAGGAGAUUCGCAGGCUAAGUGAUAGCCUGGAGUGA